AUGGCGGAAGAUAUAACUGAUGUCAACACUUUUUUUCUAUUUUUCUUUCAGCAAACAUGUCAGCUCGAACAGAAUAAUGAGUACGUCAUCAAACUCUGGUUAAAUUACAUUCAAAUAAAAACGUACAAAGUCCUCAUUAAAAUACUAUUUCUUCAAUGUUCUUCAAUUCCUGCAAGUCUUCAGUUUAGCACAACAACUUUUCUACAGUUUGAAUCAGAAUCAGCAACUGCUAAGGACCUUAAAGGUUUUUAUGGAAACCCAUUGAUGGAAAUGCAGCCAUAUCUUCAAAUCCCUAUUCUUCCAGAUGAAGAUUUGUGUUUCAACCCUCUUAUCAAAGACCUGAAAACAGCAGAAAAGCUGUUUACUUCAUACAAGAAAAACCAAAUAAAUUUCUUAAAAUCUGUAAUUAAGCCUGAAGAUCUUCCUGAAACAAAUUUACAUGAGAUUGCCUUUAUAGGUCGAAGUAAUGUGGGUAAAUCUUCUCUUAUCAAGGCACUCUUCCACCAAUCACCAGAUGUUAAAGUGAGAAUUUCAUCCAAACCUGGCCACACAAAGACUCUUAAUUUCUUUCAAGUGAAGAACCAUUUUUGUCUGAUUGAUAUGCCUGGUUAUGGAUAUAAUAUGCCACAACAUUUUGUUGACAGUGUUGAAACAUACCUCAAAAGCCGAAGAAUGUUAUGUCGGACAUUUCUUCUGUUGGAUUGUAAAGUUGGAGUCACAAGUGCAGACAAGAUUGCCUUUGAAAUGUUUGAUGAAUUCAAGAUUCCAUAUGUUUUGGUGUUUACCAAAAUUGACAAAGUUAAUAAUCACAUCCAAAUACGGAACUUUUUAUCUGUUCUUAAAAUCAGAGAUCAGCUCAGCCACUGCUGCUUUUCACAGCCUUUCUUGAUCAGUUCCAAGACUGGCAAUGGAAUUCCACUCUUGCAGGCUUUCAUUGGCUAUGUCACAGGAAAUUUGAAGACACAAGGCAAGGGACUUACCAUAUUUUAUAACGAAACGGGAAGAAAAGAAAAAACAAAGUACAUAAAAACGGUUUAUUCUUCUCCUGUGAUCCACAAUUCAAGUAAUGUAGGUGAUUUUUGUUCCUGCCACGAAUUCAACAUGGUUUUAAACAACAAUGGCCUAUCACGGCCUUCAGACCCUGGAGGCCAAAGCAUGAACAAGUACCAUAUUCUUGGAGUUGUAGGAGAAGGAUCUUAUGGUGUUGUGUUAAAAUGUAAAAAUAAGAUAACAGGAGAUACUGUAGCAAUCAAAAAGUUUAAAGAAGGUGAAGAUAAUGAAGAAGUGAAGAAGACUACAUUGCGGGAAUUAAAAAUGCUACGUGCUUUACGUCAGGAGAACAUUGUUGAGCUGAGAGAAGCCUUUAAAAAGAAAGGGAAACUUUAUCUGGUUUUUGAAUAUAUUGAAAAGAAUCUACUGGAACUGUUGGAACUUAAUUCUUCUGGUCUUCCUUUGGACAAAGUCCGUAGCUACACUUACCAGUUGUGUAGGGCAGUACACUGGUGUCACAUCAAUGAGGUUGUCCAUCGGGAUAUUAAGCCAGAAAACUUGCUGAUUACAUCCAACAAUGUCCUCAAAUUGUGUGACUUUGGCUUUGCUCGUUCGAUCAGGGGAGAUAACUCUGGAUUGUUCACCGAUUAUGUCGCUACCCGGUGGUACAGAUCUCCAGAACUUUUGCUUGGAGCUCCUUAUGGUAAACCAGUAGAUAUUUGGUCAGUUGGUUGCAUUCUUGGGGAAAUGGCUAAUGGUCAGCCUCUGUUUCCUGGUGAAAGUGAAAUUGACCAGUUGUAUGUAAUCCAAUCAGUUGUUGGCUCAUUAACAGCAAAACACAUUGAAAUGUUUCAUCAAAAUCCCAGAUUUAAUGGAUUAAAGUUUCCCUCUGUCAGCUUUCCAGAAACUUUGGAGUGCUUGUAUGAAGGAAUCCUUCCCGAAGUUCUCAUUCACCUGCUUAAGGCAAUGCUUCACCUGGAUGACAAAGAAAGAAAUACUAUUGAGGAAUGUUUACAACAUGAAGCUUUGCAUACAGAGCACCUGAAAUGCAAUACUCCAUUCAGUUUGCCAAAGACAGAGCAUUUGCAAAGCAAGACAGGACAGUCCAGUUAUCGACAACAACAGAAAGAUAAACUUCCUGAACUUAACCAUAUGGGUCCAGGAUAUGUCCGGAGCACAAAGAAGAGCCCAGCAGACACACCUUCAAGAAAGGAUAACAAUUCACCAUGGGAAUCAUUAUCAGAUUCUAUUGACUUUUGCCAACCUCCACUUCCAAAAAAGUUUAUCAAAUCCUCCAAACAUCGGGUACCCACUGCUUGUCCCCAACUGCCCAGAACUGACCAUUUAAGUUCUCAAGAAGGAGAGUCCAUGAUAGUAACCAGUAGAAAGAAUGGCCACAAAAUGGCACAUUGGACUGGACAAUUAAAGAAUAACCCAAAGGAUUUUCCUGAAAACAAAAUUUCUGGCAGUGCCAACUCAAAGAAUGGCCAUGAAAUGACUGGGAUUAUUGUAAUGAGUGGAGGAAAAUCAAAAAAGAACUGUUCAACUCCAGUAGAGUUUCAUCUUGAUGCCUGUAAAUGUUCUCUGGGUUAUGGAUCUCCAAAUAAAAAUCUGGAAACUGGAAACCAAGAUGAACUGCCACAUUUUGUGAGUCCAUCUAUGCAGGAUAUGCUCAGUCGGCACAAAUUGCACAAAACAGAUUGGAAGGAAUCACCUGAUGGCACAGACCAUAUAGGGAAAUUAGCAGAACAGCUACUUAAGACUAAGAUUCAUGUGGAUUCCAGUUCGAAUACUAAGAGCAAAGAUCUUCCUUCUCACCUUCAUUCGAGAUUUUUUCACAAUGAAUGUCAACGUAAAAAUUCUUUCAAAGUCACACCUAAAACUGGUGAGAAGAAUUCUUCAUGCAACAAGUGCCUCCAAACUUUCUCGACCAAUGGAAACUUAGUCACAUGUCCAUCCACCAUUUCUUCCUCUUCUUCACAGACACUGCGUAAUAAACAUUCGGAUUUGCUCAACAGUAAUCUUGUAAUGGACUGCAAACACAAUUCUAAAAUGGUUUCUCUGCUUGAGAAUCAAAGUCAGGAAAACAAACAAUUCUUUCAACACAGUGUCAAGAAGAAGAGGAAAAAGAAGAUCUCCUUCCAGCCUUUGCUCCAAGGACCAGCACAAGUGAAAAGAGCAGGCCCAGAAUUCAAAUCAUUCAAAGGUAUUGAACAAAAUGAGACAAACUUAUUGGAACCACCAAACCCUGUGCCCCUCCAUCACAACUUUUCAGUUCAACAAUCAAGGAGGGGUUCUCAGAAAUGGCCACAGAAAACAGGGUCCCCUAAACAACAAACAUCCAUUUUGUGUUAUCCAGAUUUUCUCUCAUAA